AUGGCUUCUAGAAAGAUUUUUACAACCAUUUUUGUGUAUUAUUUCAUAAGUUUGGUGGGUUCUUGUGACGAAAACUCGUUUUACAACGUCAAAGUGACUCUAAAAGGAGUGAAGGACAUUACAAACAUCACGGGUUGUUUUGAACCCGUAGAAGAUCUGGUGAACGUGUCAUAUAUUCAGAUUAUUGAUGAACAGAUACCAGUGUUGAAGAAAAAUGCCAUACACAGUUUACCAAAGCUUGUAGACAUUGUGCUGGAGAGUAACAACAUUGCUGAAAUAAAACCAGGUGCAUUUCUCAAUCUAACAAAUUUAUAUCUUCUGAAAAUUAGAUAUAAUAGCAUCCGAAAUAUCCAGGAAGGGGUUUUCAAUGGAUUACCACUGACGGAACUGUCCCUAACAAAUAACAGUAUCGAAACCAUUCAUCCCAGAGCGUUUGAUGAUAUGCCCAACUUGAGUGUCUUGUUCUUAAAUGAAAAUAAAAUUACAUUGCUGUCAACUGAGUGGUUCAAAAACAGUCCCAAUGUCGGAAUGCUCAACUUUGAGAAAAACUACAUAACUACCAUUCCUUUGAAGGUAUUUCAAAACGUAAAGGGCGAGCACUUGAUAAGAAACAUUAAUGUACUAACUAACAUUUUGUUAAAUGACAAUGUUAUUAGAAAAAUCGAAGAUGGAGCUUUUGAUGCACUGGAAACGUUGGGCUGGUUGUUUCUUCACAAGAAUGAAAUAGAGGAUAUAAGUGAAGAGAGCCUUGGAUCCUUGAGGGCUAUAGAGUGGGUGAGGUUAGAUCAUAAUAAGUUGAAGUGUGUUCCAGAAAAGUUGGUCCAGAUUUCACCCAAAAUUGUUUACUAUCUUCAAUCCAACCCUUUGACAGAGUUUUGUAUCAAUAAGUAUAAUAUAACAAAAGUAAGAUGA